AUGUCGGCACCUGAAGUCGUCCCUGCUGCUACGCCCGCUGAGGCACCCGCACCCGCUGCUGCCGUCGAUGCAGCUCCCGCUCCCGCUGCUGAGGCCCCGGCCCCCGCCGCUGCUGCGGCUACUACCACCAAGCCGGCGUCGAAAGCGAAACCCGCGUCGAAGAAGGCUGCAACUGUGAAGAAACCCGCGUCGGAGAAGAAGGCGGGUGCUGCGGGCGCUGCUGCUGAGAAGAAGGAGAAAGCGGCGGGUGCGGCGAAGGAAAAAGCUGUUAAGGAGAAGGUUGUGAAGGAGAAGGGUGUGAAGGAAAAGAAGGAGGUGAAGGAAAAGAAGGAGGUGAAGGAAAAGAAGGAAAAGGUUGGUAAAGAGAAGAAAGAGGUGAAGGAGAAGAAGGAAAAGAAGGAGAAGGAGGAGAAAGAGGGCGGGAGGCCUUCGUGGAAGGAUAUUAUCAAGGAGUGUAUCAUUGAGAAUAAGAGUGAUUCGCGCAAGGGCGUAUCGCGGCUUACUAUCAAAAAGUACGCGGAGGAAAAGUACAAGGUGGAUGUGACGGGCCUCAAUCUGACGCAGCUGAACCGCGCCAUCACGUCCGGUGCCGAGUCGGGGCUGUUCGUCCUUCCCAAGGGGCCCUCGGGCAGAGUCAGGCUCGCGCCCAAACAGCCCAAAGCGUCCGCGUCUAAAGAGAACUCGAAGCCACCUUCAAAGACGCCUGCUGCUGGCGCGAAGGCUGCGGCGACGGUUAAGAAGCCUGUUGUUGCUGGUGCUGGUGCUGCACCGGUGAAGAAGGCGGCGGCGGGUGCGCCGGCGAAGAAGGUGUUGGCGGGCAAGACCAAGGCGCCCGCUGCGAGCGCGAAGAAGACGACUACACCGGCCAAACGGGGGAGCGCUAAAAAGGCUGUGACGGGAACGACGGCGGCUGCCAAGGCGAAGAGCGCGGCGACGAAGAAAGCCCCCGUGAAAAAGGCGGCAGCGGGUGCUGGAUCCAAGACGACGACGACCAAGAAGGCUGCUGCUGCUGCGAAGCCCCGAUCAAAGCCAGCGUCAAAGCCGGCAUCGAAGCCUGCAUCCAAGGCGAAAAAGGUUGUUGUACAGUAG